AUGGUCUAUGGCCUCCAACAUGGAAGGUUGCAUAUACAGCCUACCGCGAUGUGGAUGAAUAUGGGGUAUUGGUCUGAAGACGCAGUCAAGAACAAAACUAUGGCUGAAGCAUGCCGCGACCUUCACGAUGAGGUGCUCGCCCAAGCAGGCUUCAACCACAAAACCGAAAGCGCCGAGAACGUAAAAGUUAAUCGACGUGCAAGAUGUCUCAUCGACUUAGGUAUUGGCUGCGGCGACCAAACCAUCCAUGUGAUGAGUAAGACUCCCAUUCGACCUUGCGACGAAGCCUGGUGGGGGAAACGAGAUCACAAUGUUAUGUUCGACUCGUAUAUCGGCAUAACGAACGACUCGACACAAGCCCAGUACGCUUCCGAACGCGUCGAAGAGCUCAAACGCGUGCUUCCAGGUCAGAGUCCCGCUAUCUCUGUUUUCUGCGCCGACGCAUCUCAGCCCGAGGUUUGGGACGCGCAAGUUCACUCCAGUAUCCAAACCGCUCAAUCAGGCACACAAGAAACAUGGGUACUUGCGCUGGACACGGCAUACCAUUUCUCGCCCUCCCGCUGGCCGCUCAUCAAUUACGCAUGCCAAACUCUCAGGGCGUCUUUCAUGGCCUUCGACUUAUGUCUCUCCCCCACGGCCACGUUCCGACAGAGGCUCACACUCCGUAUCCUGACAAUGCUCAUGGGCGCGCCGUGGACAAACUUUGUCACACCGGAGCAGUAUCGGCAAAACUUGAUCGCGGCUGGUUACGAGGAGACAUCGGUCAGUGUAGUAGACGUGAGUGAGCAUGUGUUUUCGCCGCUUGCAAAGUUCAUGGAGGAGCAAGAUCGCAGGCUGAAGAUGCUUGGUCUUGGUUUGGGACGAUUCAAGGUUGCGAGAAAGAUGUUUGCGUGGUGGGGACGCUCGGGUGUUGUUAGAGGGGUUGUUGUUGUUGCUAAGCAGAGGAACGAUCAAGAUGAGUUGUGA